AAUGAGAAUGCUGGUGACCGAAGAGGCAGUGGCGUCAGCUCGGUUCGCACGGAUCUCUCCAAUCUCGUGACUUGGGCCCACACUCAUGGAACUAUAUGCAGUCAAAUCCCCACCUUGGAAAACGGGCAGAACGUGGGUCACCCUAGCAAGGAUAAUUCCAUUCUGUGGAUAUGCGGUGUUGGACACGCGUAUCACUGGUCCUGUGGAAAACUAUGCUUGAGAAGUGGAGAUGAGAAGGAAGCUGCAGAAGAGAGAAAGAGGGCUCUGUCCUAUGAGAUGUCAUCAGGGGAACCCAGUUUACAUGAAAAGAGGUUCAAGGUAACCCCAUCUUUUGAGAGGGCUAGAGGAGACUGCAUUCCCCCGGGCUCACGUAGCAGAUCUCCAGAGGUCACUCCGCACAAAGACGACACUGUUUACCUAACAGGUGAAGCACCAACAACACUCAGAAAAAAUGAGAGUGCACUGAUCACUCAAAAAAACAGUAAAUCCAUGAGAUCCCAUUCUGCAGCAGAGCAGCGUUUUCCAGUACCUGAUGGUGAAGUCAAAACUGACCUACAUAAGGUGAAGCUAGAAAGCAAUGAAGAUCUGCAAAUCAUCUCUGAUGAAGAGCAGUUUGUCUCAGAUGCAGAAAACCAAAUCGACAGAAUCAACUGGAGUAUGCUGUCAGAAUUACAAAUUAAAGGAGUAGCUGCUGAGGUCGAAUUGCAAAUGCAUCGCAAUUGGAAGACAGCCAUUAACAUGCAGACAGCCACCCACACGUGUGGCUGUGCCCCCGUGGAGAAGCCACCGUCGACUCCUUGCUUACAGGAGGCUUUAGAAGACGUCAACCAGAAGAGCCUGGAAAGCAGCUGGAAGCUUCUUCCUCUUAAUCCUGCAGAGCCCAAAAAUGAGACUUCUAACGCAAGGAAUUCCUCUGGUUCAGCAAUAUCUAAAGAACAUUUCAAAUCUGUUCCUGUUUCCGACGUUGAAGCAAAGGCCCAACAAGAGUCCCCUUCCUCUGUGACAUUCUUUGAGUUUGAAGCCACAGUAGAUGUCCAGCAGCAUCUCCAGCUGAGCUCUCCUGAGCGUGGCACAUCAGAAAUAAGCUUAAUUAGGAACUUUGCUGAAAUCCCUAUUCAGGAGGGUAAUCCAUUAGGAUCUCAGCAUGCACCUCGUGUUUCAGCCUCACCGAGUCCAGCAGACAAGAAUUCAGAUCAUCCACCGGUGUCUUCAGACAAAAAUGUCUUGAAAAAGUGGGAGAAUAAGAGAAGCCGCAACGCUGGUGACAUAAAAAUGUUCAGAGACUGGUUGACUUUGCAUUUCCCUUCUGAAACGCGUGAGAUCUUCCUCCUGCCACCAGAAGACCUCGAUGGUUACCUGGCCUCCUUCUACACCAAUGCAAAGAAGCAGAAUGGCACAGAGUUUUCUGCCAACUCUUUGUACUUCUUCCAGAGCAGCAUAGACAGAUACCUCAAGGAUCACAGCUAUGAGUACAACGUGGUUAGAGGGAUGGAGUUCAGAGCAUCCCAAGAAGCCUUAAAACAAAAGUGUCAGCAACUAACACAGAAAGAGAGGGCGAGGGAUUGGAGUGUUUUGGAGACCCUGACAGAUAGAGAUGUGGAAAAUCUUCAUAAAAAGGGGGUAGUAAGUCACACACACCCUGAAGGCUUUUUGCAUCUCAUGCUCAUAAAUAUCAUUAGGGGGUUUGGGGCAAAUACGCAUAAUCAGAGUCAUAAUCUGUACUGGGGCCAGCUCGUGUUGAAAAAGAACGAGGAGGGGCUGGAAUACCUGGAAUGGAGGAAUGGGCUUGAGGCAGAGGCAAACACAGGGGAAACAACUGUGUGUGUCUAUGCCAAGCCCGAUAAUCCCGAGAACUGUCCAGUCCAGGACUAUAAGGAAUACGCCAAGAGGCGGCCGCUGGAUAUGCUCCAUGACUAUGACCCGCUCUACCUGGCUCCCAAACCUCUGUGCUCCGUGUGGGACCAGAUCUGGUACUGUAGGAAAUCGCUGACAAAAGCCAAAAUGGAAAAGAUCGUGAAAGUUAUUAUCCAGCAAGUCAAAGGAACCGAAAAGAAGCACAAGAAACCCAAGUAUUAG